AUGGGGGUCUCCGCCAGUACCCCGGCUACCCCCGCCGUCCUCCGCAACAAGCACCUGGCUCAUGUUAGCGACCCCCGCUCCCCGAGCGCCGGCAUCCCGCGCACCCCCAUUGAGGUGGUGAGCUCCCCGAUGGGCAGUCCUCAGCCUGGCCCCGCCGAGCCGGCGGUGGGUAUCAGUCAGGACCGGGACCCGCGCUCGCCAACGCCCGGUAUCUUCCGCACGCCCACGAGUGCCGUGUGGAGCGACAGUGUGGAUCACCUGGUGAAGCAGCUCGGUGAGAUCCUCGGUGAUGAGGCCGCGGCGCAAGAGCCGGCGCCGCCAGACGCAGCCUGCCCCGCCGAGGAGCUGGCCCGGCGGAGCUCUCUGCCCCCGGGAGGCCCAGGAGCGGCCACUGCCGUCUCGGAGGAGAAGGUGGCGACGCCACCCUCUCCCUGCGCGGCCCCGGCUUGGCCAGCCCGUGUUGCCGGGCAUGGCUUCUCUUCGGGGAGUAAGCCCAUGAGACGCAAGACCACCACCAAAGUCCUGGCAACAGCUGGUGGAGCUGGCCGCUCUCCCCUCAGCAUCCUACAAGAUGAUAAUUCCCCCAGUGCUCCUGCCCCUCGCCAGGGUAAGAGGCAUGUGUUGGGAGAGAACCUUGGGGAGAAAGAAGUAACAGUGGACCCAAGCAGGAGCCUCAAAUCUGGGAACUACACUUGGAAUGACUUGAACAAAGAGAACCAACAGUGCCCGUUUGUGGAGAACUAG